AUGGAUGAGGGAGCAAAACUCAGCGGAAAGCGCUCGGCCAAGCUUUUGCUGGCGCAGCAGAAGGCCUCCACAGCAGACCUGGAACGUCGUUUGCAGGCGGCCCAGGCGCGCUUGGCGAACCAGCCGAGCCAGCCGAGCCAGGUCCAGCCAGAUGAUCGAGAGCUGGCUGAGGCUUUGCGCCUCAGCGAACAGGAGGCCGCCGAGGCCGCGGGUGAACGAGACAUGCUGCGGGGCGAGCUCCAAGAAGCCGCACUGGCAGCUGAAGCCAUCCCACGUGAAGCUGCCUUGCUGGUGGAGGAGCUGCAGAAGACAGAGCGAGCCGAAGCGUUUUGGCGCAAGGAGCUGGAGCAGGUGCAAGAACUGCGCUGCGUCCUGGAAAGCAGCGUCGCCAGGUGCCAAGAAGAAGCUGCAAGUGAAGCGGCUGAAAGCCUACGCUUGAGAAAAUAUUUGGAAGAUCGAGGUUGUGGUCUGAGCUGGCUGCGCAGCAUUGCGCGAUCUCAUGUGGAGGAUCUGCAGGGCAGUGUGACCUCCUUAGAUCUUCACCUCCAACCAGCUUUGCAGGCUGCAUCAUUGGGUUCCAAUGAUGGAUGA